GCUGCAGCUGCUGCUCCCAUCCCCACCCCGCCUGGCCCUUUCUGCCUCGUCAUCUCCUGCCCUGCCGAGGCUCGACCCGUGAGUGGGGCCGCCAGGAGCGCAGGGACCGGGAGCCCCACCGAACCCCUCCCCCUCCGGCUGGGGGAGGGAAGAGAAACUGAGUUUGGGCGAAAUCCGUGCCCGAUCACCACCAGCAGCCGUGCGCGAAGCCCCUACCAUGGGCAACACCCAGGAGAGGCCAUCAGAGACGAUCGACCGCGAGCGGAAACGCCUGGUAGAGACGCUGCAGGCGGACUCGGGGCUGCUGCUGGAUGCGCUGCUGGCACGGGGCGUGCUCACCGGGCCCGAGUACGAGGCUCUAGACGCGCUGCCUGACGCCGAACGCAGGGUGCGCCGCCUGUUGCUGCUGGUGCAGAGCAAGGGCGAGGCUGCCUGCCAGGAGCUGCUGAGCUGCGCCCAGCGAACUGUGCGGGCGCCCGAUCCCGCCUGGGACUGGCAGCACGUGAGGACCGGCUACCGGGAACGAAGCUAUGACCCUCCAUGCCCAGGCCACUGGACUCCCGGGGCUGCUGACUCAGGGACCACGUGCCCCUGGCUGCCCAGAGCUCCAGAAUCCGAUGAGGCCCGGGGUCCUGAGGACUCCGAGGCAGCACAAUCCGGAACCCCCGAGGAAGCUGAGCCAGAGCUGGAAGCCGAGACUUCUGAAGGGGCUGAACCGGAGUUGGACCCCCAAAUGGAUCCGGAACCAGAGGCAGAGCCAGAGCCAGAGGCGGAGCCAGAGCCAGAGCCUGACUUCGAGGCUGAAGACGAGCCUGAAGAUUCCUGAAAGCCGUAGCACCCACAGGCCGCUCUUCGUCCUAGCAGCAUGAGGUCUGGGAUCCCGCCAAGGUGGGGUCAGAUGCCACCAAGGUUCCAUCUGGCCCAGUACCACUGAAAGUGAAUAAAUUCUGGAGGGUCA